AUGUUGCUCUUUCUUCUUCAUGUAAGAUAGCUACAUAUUUGAUAAAGCACUUUUAAUCAGAGACAUCUGACAAUAAUAUAGUAUUGGUGCAAGUAAUAGAAAGAGGUAAAAACACUAUGCUGAUAUAAUCCACUAAACCAGAUGGUGACUGCACAAUUUCCUAUAAUACAUUAAACAAAGUGGGGGAAAAGGAGCAACUGAGGCAGCUUCUGAUAGGGAAGGUGAGAGGUCACUUCUGCUAAAUGGGAUGGAGAAGAGGCAGUUAUGAUCAGUGAUACUUAGAGAAAGUAUGGCAAGAAAGCAAAGGAAAAGAGUUGGCCAAGGAGAUCAUAGAUGAUCCAUUCCUGAGAAUGAAGAAAUCCAAAUAUAUUUGUCCAACACGAUUGCGUGUUUUAAUACUGUUUUUAACAGUUGUGCUGCUCUUGCUGCUUAAACUCCUCAAAGCUGAUUGGAUUUUAUUCUUUCACAAAGAUAGGUACUUUGUAGAACCAUUAUUAAGUACCUCAUCAUUUGUGAAAAACAAGUAUAGCUAUGAAAAAAAAUCUGGCCAAGAUAAAAUUAAUUGUUUCUCCAUCUAUAAUCAAGAUCCCACGGAGAUUGGGAAGUCUUUAGCAAUAAAGGGAAAAAAGAUUAUUGAUUUAGAAGAUGAAGAUGUUGUAGCAAUGACCAGUAAUUGCCAGGAAUACCAAAAAAUUAGAGAAUAUCACCUAAAGGCCGUUUCACCAGAAGAGGAAGAAUUCCCUUUAGCUUAUUCUCUGGUUGUUCACAAAGAUGCCAUAAUGGUUGAGCGGCUCAUUCAUACAAUAUAUAGUACUCAGAAUGUCUACUGUAUUCAUUAUGAUCAAAAGUCUUCUAACACUUUCAAACAGGCUUUGGAGAAUCUGGCAAAAUGCUUCUCCAAUAUAUUCAUUGCAUCCAAAUUGGAAGUGGUUGAGUAUGCCUACAUUUCAAGGUUGCAGGCAGAUUUGAAUUGUUUAUCUGAUUUAUUGAAAUCUGCAGUUCCAUGGAAGUAUGUAAUUAAUUUGUGUGGCCAAGAUUUCCCCCUGAGAUCAAACUUUGAGCUGGUAUAUGAAUUUAAGAGACUUAAUGGAAAUAACAUGUUGGAGACUAUCAGACCAAGCAAUUAUAAAAAAAAAAGAUUUAUCUAUCACUACGAACUUAAAAAUAAUAUGAAGAUGCCAAUAAAAACUUAUAUUUCAAAGCGUCCACCUCCACACAAUAUUGAAGUUUUUGUAGGCAGUGCCUACUUCGUUUUAUGUCGAGCUUUUGUACAGUAUAUUCUUGGCAAUUCCCAUGUUCAAGAUUUUUUGGAAUGGUCAAAGGAUACUUAUUCACCUGAUGAACAUUUCUGGGCAACUCUUGUUCGUAUACCUGGAGUACCUGGAGAGAUUUCAAGAGAAGCUCAUGAUAUCACAGAUCUUCAGAGCAAAACCCGUUUAGUAAAAUGGGGCUACAAUGAGAACAAUCUCUAUCCUCCCUGCACUGGUAUACAUCUUCGAAGCGUGUGCAUCUAUGGAGCUGCAGAACUAAGAUGGCUCCUCAACUACGGGCAUUGGUUUGCCAACAAGUUUGACUCAAAAGUGGACCCUAUUGUAAUAAAAUGUUUGGCAGAAAAGAUUGCAGAACAACAAAAGCAAUGGGUUAGUUUAGCUUCUAAAAAACAUGUUAUACACAAAAUAUUUACUGGUGUCUCUUAACAGUAUGGAAUAAUUAUGAGUAUAUUAUGUGGUAUUUUUAAAAUGAGGAAUUGCUGGAUGGAGGGGUUUUUUUGCUUGUCAGAGACAUAUCUGUAAGGGAAUCUCUGGUCUAUCUUGGCAAAACGCAGAUAAAUUUCUACAUGUGCAGCUAAAAUAAGAUGCUCUCUAGUUAAGCACUAAGCAAUUACCUUUGCCUGAAAUCCUUGGGACAGAGAUUAUAGAUAGUCCUCAUUUAGUGACUAUUUCAUUGAGUGCCCAAUCACAGUUAUGAUGGUAAUGGAAAAGUAAUUUUAUGACUAGUUCUGAUAUUUACGACUUUUGCAAAAACAAAAGAAGGCUAAAGUAAGACCAUGAGCCAGGUGCAAUUUCACUUAGGGGCUCCUUCACUUAAGAAUUGAGUUUCCAAUCCCACUUGUGGUUAGUAAACAAGGACUAUCUGUACAAUCUUCAGCAAUAAAAGAUUAGAGACAAAGGUUGUGUCCUGGGGCCAUGUCUUCUAAAAAUGGAUAGUAGGUUAACUUUGUGCCAAAGUAAGCAGGAAGAAAGGAUGCUAUCCCAGAGAUGCUAUGAAAUAUUCAGUGCUUUGAGAAAGCAUUCUGGUUGGUGUUCAAUGCUCCCUCAGGUUUUGACUGAUGUGAAGUUUUUAUCUGCACAAAUUCUUGUCUCUUAUUCAUUUUUUAUUCCUAUAUCCAGCCCCAGGACUGCCUACACUUUCAAAACCAUGGUUUACCUCAUGUAAAACAUUUGAUUAGAUUUUAUCUAUACUUUUGCUUACUGUCUUGUUUACAAGGACUGAGCUUGAAUUUUGUUAUAAUCAUGGAUCAAAUCUAUGCAAAAUGAAUGAAAACUCUACUAAAUUGUAUAUGCAAUUAUGAAAUGUAUGUUGUAUGUUAAAUCAGCCUUUCUAUAUAUUUAAGGAUGUAUGUACACUGGGUAAUUAUAAUUUAAUUAUUUAAAUAAAGUUUAUUUUAUUAUUUUAAUAUAUUUGAAAAAUUCUCUGGAGCAAUGAGAGAUGUAGAUAACGCUUUUUCU